CUGUCCCAAAAAAAAAAAAAAAAAAAAAAAAAAAACAUGAAAAUUAAUUAUGUCCGUACACAACGUCGAAAACUGCUAGAUGUAGCUUUUUAGACAGGCCAUUGGCCGAUCUUUCCUUCCGCUGUACUGAAAACCAUUUCGAACGCUCCGGUCACUGCCAAACUAUCCAUCUCUCUUCAUGUCUCUGCUUCUCUCUCUCUCUCUAAGUUGCAGCCAUGUCAUUUUCCAUUGUUCUUUCACCUCCACCGACUCUCUCUCCCUCAUUGCCUCGAACACAACAACAGCACCAACUACCUAAUUCCCUCAAUUUGGUCUCCGAUAAAUUCACUCUACAAUUCCUCUCCUUUGGAACCCGUCAUCGCCUUCAAGCUUCUCGGCGAAUCUCCAAUUUCCCGCAGGGAAUUGAUAAUCUUGUUGAUGAUCCACGCAGCUGGAGCCGUUCGAUUGAUAGACGUGAUGAUGGUGAAUACGACGAUGAGGAAGAUGAUGACGAUGAUGACGAUGAUGAUGAAGAGGAUAGGAGUCUCGAUCUGUUAGUUAGGUUUGUCCAGAAUAUUUUCAAGAAGAUCUCCAAGCGAGCCCGUAGAGCCGUACGAUCAGUUCUCCCAAUCUCUAUCUCCGCCAAAUUGGUUGGAUUUUCAGUAAAUGGAGUGCUAAUUCUAGCAUUUUUGUGGAUUAUGAAGGCUUUUCUUGAGGUGGUUUGCACCCUAAGCAGCGUAGUGUUUGUAAGUAUCCUACUCAUCCGUGGAGUGUGGACUGGGGUAACCCAUUUGCAAGAAAACCGCAACCUGAAAGUGAAUGAAUUUGACGACCAGAAUACAUGGACUGGAGCUCAGCCUGCAACUUGACAUGCCCAUUUUAUGAAGAGGCAUUAUCCAAAAGUUGAUAAUAAUAACACAGACGAUGGUGACAUCCUUUAAAAGGAGUACUCCAAUCGAGAAUUGUGGAAAGAUGGCUUCUGUAUAUUGUGUCUUUGGAAAAUAGUUAAGAGUUCUUGUCUCGAAUGAAAGAUAUGAGGGUGGUUUAGGCUUACCUUCUUGUCCCUGAAGUGAAUAUCUAGCACAGAAUAUUAAUUUGUACCGGCAUGUGAUAGUGAGAUAGCACUGAAGAUUAAACGUAGGAAAAAGAUUUUAUCUUUGCUUUUUGUUGCUUUUUGGUGCAUAUUGCAUAACAGAUCCACAACUUUUUGUUUUGGUAAAUAGAUCCAUAAAUUUAUCAAGCACUAGUUUGCCAUCUGAUUUCA